AUGACAUCCCUGCCGCGCAGUUGGAACCUGCCCAUGUUCAUGAGACCGACCAUCCAGAUGCAACUCCUCUGGCUCUGUCCCCAGUCCUGCACAGAAGUCGUGACGGACGUGGAACGUCGAGAGAAAACCCGCCUGCUGGAGACGAUCAGCCGUAAGUUGACCAACAUCUCCAGCGACCUCGCGCCUGACGAUAUUGCCGUCAUCACAAUUUCGGCCUCGGAGACGCGAACAGCGAUAAUGAGCGAGGGCGAACAGAUGACACCAUUCAAUCUGCUAGCCUCCAUUGGUGGCAUCUUCGGACUCUUCCUAGGACUUUCCGGUGUGACAACAUUUGAAGUUAUUGAGGCCUGGGCUAUCAUUCUGCCUCAUCUGAUUCCUCUUUGCCGCUAUUCGCUGUAUUUGGUCAAGAGCUUUUGGAGAGGUGAAGAGAUAGCCGUAAAUUAG